AUGGCAUCAGAUGCCGAAUCACUGCCACAACGUGUGCCAUGCCCCAUCAACCCGAACCACACAGUCUACGCGUCUAGGCUGCAGCACCACGUACGGGUGUGCCCGGAUUUGCGAUUUGUUGCGUCGGCACUCCCUUAUUACAGUCAAAAUACAAAUGCUUUCUGUGGCAAGGUAUAUUGCAGGGAUGAGGAUGUCAGGCACGAGCGCCUAACUCAUCGUGAUCUCGACAAGGCCACACUUGACCGGCUCAUCACGCGUGUGCGCGAGUACUAUUACUCUGUGGUUCAACCGCAGAUAGUUCUUCUAGCAGAGGAGCAGUGUGGUGCUGAUGACGACCCGGUUGAUCAGACACGCAGACUCUCUAGCAAGCACAGCCCACAGCACCGUGGACUUCUGUGGUGUGUAGAAAAGGCCCUCCGCGGCCAUAUUGAAACGCUGCAUGAGCACGGGAGCGACAGUGGAGCGAUUGCAGGAUUCGUGGAGUUUGGGGCGGGCAAAGGCGGUCUUUCUGUCGCCCUGCAGGACGCUAUAUCGUCGGGUUCUCUCAAAAUUGCGGGUUACAACACAGAACCAGCGGUGACGGCGCUCGAAGGUGGCGGCUCAAGUAAUCUGCGGCUUCUUGUGGUUGAUGUAGACAAUUUCCGGCGUAAAGGAGAUGCUUGCGUGCGACGCACUUCUCUUCCACUUAUUCGACUGAGGCUCAAUAUAAAGGAUCUUGAUCUGGUAGCGGCGUUGCGUGAUCCGUCCGUUCGUAAGCGUUCUCGGGAAGGCGUUGACAGCACCACUGCCAAUAGCGUGGAGACACAAGGCAAUUCACCGGCCACAGAAGAGCGGUGGGUAGCUCUUGGUAAGCAUCUUUGUGGGUCCUGCACAGACUUUGCGCUCUCAUCUGUCACUUCACCUAAACUACAUGCUAAGAGUCAUGCCUCUGUUGUUGCGGUUGUGCUGGCCACAUGCUGCCACCACCGUUGCGAAUUACAGCACUUGAAUGCGCUUCCUGAAGGCGGCGACGAUACUUUCCCUUCCCUCCGUCUGCCUGGAACAGACUAUACGAUUUCAAGUGCAGAAUUUGCAGCAAUUACCUCCAUGUCAUCUUGGGCUGUAAGUGGGAGUUUUGUCGACGAGCAAAGCCGCCAGACAGGUGUGUGCUGUAAGCGCGUCAUUGAUGCCCUCCGAGUGGAGUACCUAAGGCGUAAAGGAUAUCUCUGCGCAUACCUUUGUGAAUACGUGGGAAGAGACGUCACAGAGGAGAAUGUUUGUAUCGUUGCAUUCCGCUCGAACACAGGAGGUCAAAAACACGUGUAA